AUGGGGGAUAACUCGUGGACGACUGUUAGUCACAGAAACAGGAACAUGCAUGGAUAUCACAGGGUUCACCGUACCAGUUAUGAUCCAAGAAAAAGUCACGUAAAUUCUGAUGUAAUCUCUUUAUUUAUCACCAAUUUUUUGGACUUUGUUCAAAUUGGAGACAUUCAGAGGGUUUGUGGUCGAGCAUGUAAUCGACUAGGGCACAUAGUUGGUGUGUUUAUUGCUAAAAAGCUAUCAAAAUCGGGGAAAAGAUUUGGUUUUAUUAGGUUUUGUAGAGUUCUUGAUUGUGACUCCCUGAUCAUUCAACUUCGUGAAGUUUGGUUUGGCUCUUAUAAAUUGUUUGCAUCCCUCCCUCAUUCCUUAGCAAAUAAUAGUCAAACUUCUCAACCCAUUAUCUUCUCCACAGCAGUGCAAAGUGAUGACUGGGUAAAAUCUUAUGCUAAUGUGGUCCGAGGUUCACUCCAUGACACGAAAAACAGUAAGAACACGGGAGAAAUAAUUGAACUCACUCCUGGGGACUUCAUAGUUGAGAAAAAACAGACAACAUGCCUUAUUAAGGCAAGAGACUUCUCCACACUUCCCAAUCUUCGGGUGCUAUGCAUGGACGAGGGAUUUGAUUCUUUUGAAAUUAGAUAUGUUGGAGGUUUGUGGGUAAUGAUUGCGUUUAAUUCCAAAACUGCUUGUAAAAACUUUUUGAGUAGCAUAACAAUAGAUCAUUGGAUUGCAGAGAAAAAACCAUUGGAUCGAAACUUCGUUCCCUCAGAACGUUUAGUAUGGGUUGAUGUUGAAGGACUUCCUCUUUCUGCUUGGAGCAAAGAUUCAUUCAGAAAAAUUCUCUCUAGAUGGGGAAUAAUUGCCCAGCUUGAUGAUGAUCUGGGAGAAGAUAUCUACAAGAACAGGAUCUGCAUUCUAACUUCUAUCAAAACUAUAAUUUCAGAGGUAAUCAAAGUUUGUGUUUAUAAGAUUACAUAUUGGAUAAGAGUAAACGAAGCUCCUGGGUGGACACCCUCCUUCGUUCAUGAUUUUCCUUCUCCAGAACUAGAUAACAGUGAUAUACAAAGUAGUGAACAUAAUAAUGAACAUCUUCAAUAUGCUGAGAGGAAUGAAGAAGUAUCAUCAGACCCGUUCGGAAUUUAUGAUGCUAUUGAAAAGAUGAAAAAUAAAAGCAAGAAAGAGGGGCUGCAGGGGCAAUAUGGGAAUUCAACAACAGAAAAUGUCCAUUACCAUUAUACCGCCAAUUGUCGUGCCUCCAGCUCACUUGUUACAUCGCAAGUAAAUUCUUCUACUGCCCCUGGAACAGAUGCCACUCGCCCAACUGUCGUCGAUACUGCUCAAGUCUCGCAUGAAGUCGCUGCUCCUGUUGUCAACCCUCAAACAACCCAUGAUGUUUUUACCAACAUCACAGUAGCUCCUGCUGUGAAUUCUGAGACCAAUUCAGUUCACAGUGUUCACUCCGGGUUACAAAAAAUGAAAUAG